AUGGGAAGAAAGGGUCAACACGGCAAGAUCGAAGAUGGAGACAUGGGUGAUAUCUCACGCAUCGAAUCACGGGUGUCUCAAAAUCACGAAUUUAGCCGCAUGCCCAAGUCCAUGCUUCAAAACAACCGUUUCCUUUUGGUCAUGAAGGGGACAGCUAAGAGCCGCUCGAUAUAUGUAAUUUAUCGCACCCCCUUACAAAGGCACACAAUCCAAGCAGGCAUGACGGGUAUUGGCAAGGCUGCGGAGGAUCUGGAAAGCGAUAUGUUGGUGAUCCACUACCACCUUGCUCUCGACUGA